AUGACGGGAAAAUCGUUCCAAGUCCCCCAAGAACCUUUCCUCAUUGAGCUGUUCCAUCACUGGCGGGAAUCUCCUCAACACAUAUUAAUCCGCGAUCGAAACUAUGAGAAGGAGGCGACUGUCUCAGAAUUUCUCCAAGAUAUUCUAUUUCAAUGUCAGUUCAUUUCCGAGAGACUUGACAGCGAGAUCCAUAGCCAGCUCCAGAAAUCAACCCAUGAUGUCUUCAUUGCUCUUCUGGCCAGGCCUGGAUAUGAAUUUGCUGUCCUCUUCUUCGCGAACUAUGGUCUCGGCGCUGUAGCCGUACCUCUUGCACCACGGCUUUUUGCCGAAGAAUUCCGCUAUGGGGGGUCGAGCAGUGGACAUAUCUACGUCUCUCGAGUCAAUGCAUACGUGCUUGAGCCACAGCCAAUGAAAGAAACCGACCCUCAGUUUGUGCUGUGUCGUGACAAGAAGAAAAGCAACCCAGAGAAAGGAUUUUCUCUCCUAUACACCUCUGGAACGACUGGUCUUCCCAAAGGUGUCCUUUAUUCUCGCAGAAGCGCCUGCAUUGGGUUCAAAGCCUACGCUGAUCUCAUGGGCCUCUCAUCGAGAGAUACAUGGCUUCACAACCAGCCCUUGCAUUGGAAAAGAGGAUUUGAUUUCUUCCUUGUGUGCAUAUUCUCUGGGGCGUGUGUCGAACUGUGUAACCAGGUCUAUAACCCGACGUGGUUCUGGUGGCGCAUGCGGCAAGGGGGCGUGACAAUUGUAUAUAUGGCACCAAUGCUUCUAGACUCAUUGGUCGAAAGUCUCAAGACGAUUCAGCAGAAUUGGCUCCAUAUGCAAUAUGAAGAAGCUUUAAAUGGGUUACAGAACGUGCGAUUCCUGGGCUCGGGAUCAAUGCGGGUUCCCCAAUCAACUAAAGAUACCUGGCGGGCUCUACGCAGAGGGCGUCCCCUGGUCAUAUUAUAUGGUACAACGGAGGUGGCGGGAUUACUUUCGAUGACCGAUUGGAAAUCCAAUGCGUCCGUGCCCCCCUGUAAUCCGCAUGCGAUGGAUGACGCUUUCGAUGGCCAGGGGUUCUUCAAAACCGGGGAUUUUGGGCGCAUCGAGGACGGCAAGGUCUUUGUCCUCGGUAGGAGAUCGCAGGAUGUCAUUCGAUUCCUUGGGAGGAAAAUAUACGGUCCCGAAAUCGAAGAUGCGUUGUGUGAGCACCCUCACGUUUCUCGAGCCCUUGUGGUUGGUGUCGCUGAACCGGGAGUCGAUCAGCGUCUUGCUGCUCUGCUUGUCGAAAGAUUGGGUUCUCCACGAUUCUGUCUGUUGGAUUUGCGCCGAUGGCUUGCAAUAGAGCGAGGGAUCCCGGCCUUCAAGCUGCCGACAUUGCUACGAACGAUUCCCGAGGGACAUCCUCUCCCAGUGACAGACUCGGGAAAGCCGAUGAAGUCACGAAUUAGCAACGACUUUUUAAUGAAGUCGAAGUUUCCCACGGUAGGACUGAACAGUGGGAUCUUUCGGCAGAAGAACCCGAAAUCGGAAACCGACCGUGGGACUGGGAGGGAGGAGCAGCCGCUUGACGUCGGGUAG